CUUGUUGCUGCCUCGCAUUUACUAAAACAAUGACGGCAACAUUCUUCCAUUACGGUCUGGCUUGGAUACCACUGCUUCUUGCUUUGACGCUUUGUAGCACAAUGAUUAUAUGCUACCUUGUUGCCGUAGCAACCGGCAAUGUACUGCCAGAAUUACCUCUGAUCAGUUCUAUUGGUGCGUUUCCUCCGACGAUGUGCAUUUUUGCGCAAGGCAUGAACAUUGCCGCAUGUUUAUAUUUUGUGUGCUGUUACAUAUGGUAUCAAAUGGCAUCCACUCAGACAAGAUACAUGGGGACCAAGCAGCCACGGUGUGUUCUGCUUUGGAGUUUAUGGAUGGGUGUUAUGGCGUCCCUGGGAUUGUCAAUUGUGGGCAACUUUCAGGUUACUGAAGUGGAAUUUGUUCACUAUACGGGCAUGGCGAUGGUAUUUGUUGGGACCACAUUCUACAUACUGAUCACGGUUCAUGUAUGUCGCAAAUAUCUGGGCUAUCAUGCCCCUUAUUGGGGAGCCCGUUUGGUAAUUGGUCUUGGAUGUUUGAUAUCUGGAACCAUGUACGCAAUUUGUCUCGGUUUUCAUCGUUUUGAAAAUCGUGUUCCUAUCGAAAUAUUCUCGUCAAGCAUGUAUACUAUAAAUGAGGGAUUUGAAGAAGCUGUCUGUGCCGCGUCGGCCGAGUGGUGUUCGGCGUUGUUCAUUCUCGGAUUUUUCAUCUCACUUGCCCCGGAAUUCAGCAUGUUUGCCCUGCAGCUCCCAGAAACCGUGAGUUGUUCCAAGCUGAAAACCAAUCCGCGGUGGCAAAACUUGUAAAGACACUCAUAUCGUCAUGGAAGAAUGCCAAUCCAUUCUUGUUCCUGUAAAUUUUAUCCGUGGGUUUUGUUUUUUUUUGUAAUCAAAUAUCCGGUGAUAAGGUCUCAUCAGUACUAGUGCAGUGCAUCCCUUCCGGAAUUUGCUGUCUCGC